UUCAAGUUGAAUAUCAGGCCUGAGAUGGCCAUGAUCGAUGCUCGAGUCCUUCCUGCUCCAGAGAUCUCUUACCAUCAUUCCUCGGAGGAUGAUACGUUUACUCCUAUCAAUGGUGGUUGGGAUCUUCGUGGUAAGAAAGUUGUAGAUGGUGCCAACUUGAAUCGUUGGUGUGUUGUCAAUUUUGACGAUCUUCUUCCUAUCAAUACGGUCAUAAGUUUUAUCCAUGAAUUAAAUCAAACAUUUAUUGAUAUCGGGUUGAAUAUGGGCAAUCGCCAUCCUCCUGUCAUUUACGCUGAUCAACAAGAUAACAUCGAUAACGUACUCUUGCACGCUUACUUCUCUGGUUUCACAGAGGAUGAUGAAACCCAAUUAAUUGUCUGUAUCUUGCCAAACGCUGAAGUUCCUCUCUAUGCUGAAAUCAAGCGUGUCUCUGAUACAAUUCUUGGUAUCCCUACACAAUGUAUUAAAAGUGAGCAUGUCCAAUGGGCCAAGAAAGGGCAGAUGGCAAGCAUGGCCCAAAAAAUUAAUAUGAAGCUUGAUGGUAUCAACUGGUUUGUGAAUCGUUCUCACAUUUCAUUUAUCUCAAGCAAACCUACCAUCGUUUUUGGGGCACACGUCAUCCAUCCUCUCUCUGAUGACGUUGUCCGGCCCUCCAUUGCCACUUUGUCUGCAAGUAUGGAUUCCUUUGCAUCAUCAUAUGCGUCCAGUAUACGUGCUCAAGACCAAAGUACUGCAAUCAUUGAGGAUUUAACCAAUAUGGUCAAGGAAUUGUUGGAAGAAUUCUACCGUUGUUGGGGUGAAAGGCCUCAGCAGAUUUUAUUCUAUCGUUCUGGUGUUUCUGAAGGUCAGUUUGAUCAAGUGCUCAGGAAUGAAGUUGCUGCCAUACACGCUGCCUGUGCUUCAUUGGAUAGAACUUACAUGCCUCCUGUCACCUUUGUGGUUGUUCAAAAACAGCGACGUGUAAGGUUCUUCCCAGUUCAUGAUCGUGACGGAAUUGGCAAGUGUCAACCUGGUACGGUUGUGGAUACUGAUAUGGUAGUCACCAGGGACUAUGUAUCUAGACAUCUCUUUCGGCCUCCCGUUAAGUUUGGUUUCUAUUUACAAUCCCACCCGGAUACCCAAGGGACAUCAAGAUUUACUUUAUAUAACGUUCUCCAUGAUGAGAACUUUAUGACAGACGGCACCCUACAGGAUCUCACCUACAAGCUAUGCUACCUAUCUAGUACCUCAACUAGUGCAAUCUCAAUAUGCGCGCCGGUGUACCAUGCUACUCGGUUAGGUAAGCGUGCCAGUCUCUAUCGAGACGUUGAAAAUUGGGACAUGACUGAAGUCAAUCCAAACCUACACUGGUCAAUGUACUAUAUAUAA